AUGGAACCUAACGCCCGGCUCUACCCGACUGAACGAAGAAUUUAUUGGGCUUGUCCUGAUCAAUUGAUACUUCUGAAACUUUUUCAGUCCGGCCCGGUUGGCCGUCGUUUUUAUGACAUUCAUGUUGAAAUCGAAGUCGUUAAUGAAGGUAAAGAAUUGGGUGUCACCGAGGUUGUAUUUGAAUUAAAAUUUGAAAAUACAGUCCAUCCAAAACAAGCAGUUGAACAUGGCUGA